AUGAUUCGAAUUUAGUAAUUGCACGCCCAAAUUUCAGAAACUGCUGGAUCCAAGGGACAACCACCUGAGCAAGUAUGUUGAUUAUGCCAUAUCUCAAAUUAGAAGACCCAAUACAAGUUAGAUUGGUUUAAGAACAAUGGAUGGGGUUACAAAGAUACAAAAUUCAUUUUGGAAUAGGAUGGGGCAGUCAGAUUGACAGGAAGUAAAUAUAGGUUUUCCAAUUAAAAAAUGAUGAAAUUUAAAGAGUGGGCAGAAGCUAAAGUUGGCAUCGAUUUAAGUUUGAAUUGUGAAGCAUAAGUUGAAAUACCUGCAGAUCCCCCGAUUAUUAAUGAAUAAUUUGUCAAUGCCAUCUAAGGGUUAUUCAAUGAGGUCUCAUUUGAUAAUGCUUAGAGAAUAUUACAUUCUCAUGGACACACCAUGCAAGAAGUUAAAUACUUUAUUCAUACUUUAGAUUUAUGAAUUAAGACAUGGCAAAUUGGCUAGAAUUGUAGAUUGUGUUAUCUACAUCAGUUCACACGCAUAAGCAGAAGCGCUUGUCAAAUUAGCUUAGGAACAUAAUGUGAUGUUAUGCGUAUACGGUGGUGGUACUAAUGUAACUUGGGCUCUGCAAUGUCCCAAGGAGGAAAGGAGAAUGAUAGUGUCUGUUGAUAUGUCAAGAAUGAAUCACGUUAGAUCGGUAGAUAGAAAGAAUAUGACUGCCUUGGUAGAAGCUGGAAUUACAGGCAAAGAUUUGGAAAAAGAGUUGUCUCGUUAUGGAGUUGUCUGUGGUCAUGAGCCUGAUUCCGUUGAAUUCUCUACACUUGGAGGUUGGAUAAGCACUAGAGCCUCAGGCAUGAAAAAGAACAGAUAUGGCAAUAUCGAAGAUAUCGUACUUUCUGUUAAAGUGGUAACACCAACUGGGACAUUAUAGCAAAGUUUGGAUUAUCCUAGAGUCAGCAGUGGACCUGAUUUAAACUAAAUUGUUUUAGGAUCAGAGGGUACAUUGGGUAUUAUCACUGAAGCAGUUAUUAAAAUUAAGGCUUAACCUGAGGUAAUUUUAUUAAUUUAAAUUAAGGUUUGCAAAUAUGAAUCUAUUUUGUUUCACAAUUUUGCUCUGGGCACUGAAUUUAUGUAUCGAUUAUCCAGAAGUAAGGUGUGGCCUGCAUCUGUGAGAUUGGUUGAUAAUAAUCAGUUCUAAUUUGGUAUGGCGUUGAAAACUAUGCCUCAUAGCAAGAGGGAGGAAUUCAUGGAUAAGAUCAAGAAAUACUUUGUCACUCAAUUUAUGUAAUUUGAUCCAGAUUAAAUGUGUUUGGUUACUGUUGUUUUUGAGGGAACUAAACAAGAAAUUGAAUUCCAAGAGAAGAAAGUGUUUGAGUUAGCUAAAUUUUAUAAAGGAUUUAGAGCAGGGGCUGAAAAUGGGGAGAGAGGAUACUUCUUAACCUACAUGAUAGCCUACUUAAGAGAUUUCGCUAUGUAGUUUUAAUUUAUAGCUGAAUCCUUUGAGACUGCCGUUGGAUGGAAAAAUGUGCCUAGUGUUUGUGAAAAUGUAAGAGAGAAUUCGAGUAUAUUUAGAUACAAAGAAGGAUUGUGGAGGAAUGUUCAAAGAGAGGAGUGGAGAAGGAACCUUUCGUGUCUUUUAGAAUUUCUCAGGUUUAUGAUUCUGGUGCAACAAUUUAUGUUUAUUUUGGUUUCGGCUACAAGGGAAUUGCAGAUCCUGUGAAGUGUUAUUCUGAGAUUGAGGAUGCAGCAAGGGAGGAGAUAAUGAAAAAUGGAGGGUCCAUCUCUCAUCAUCAUGGUAUUUGUUGGAAAUUAUUCAAUUAAUAGGUGUGGGUAAAUUGAGAAAGCAAUUUAUGUAAAAGUAAAUUGGAGACACAGGAGUUGAGAUCUUAAAGAGAAUUAAGUAACAAAUCGAUCCAAAAAAUAUAUUUGGGAAUCAGAAUUUAAUAUGAAAAUGAUAUAUCAAUGUUUUAUACGCAUAAAAAUAUAUUUAAAACUAAC